CCCGUCCCUAAGAAAUUGCUUAUGAUGGCUGGUAUUGAGGACUGUUACACUUCUGCCCGUGGUUCAACCGGGACCUUGGGUAAUUUUGCUAAGGCUACUUAUGCUGCUAUAGCAAAAACCUAUGCCUACUUAACUCCGGACCUAUGGAAAGAAUUGCCUUUAGGCUCGACGCCAUAUCAGCAGUUCAGCGAUUUCUUGGCCGAUAAACCAGGUGCUCGUCAUCAUGUUGAUGUUUAAAGAUAUAAAAAAUUUGGAAUAAAGGCUUUAAUACAUAUUAUUAA